AUGGCCGAACCUAGGUCAUCCCGACGAUCAUCCUCGCAGGCUCCUGGAGACAACCGCCAGACAGUCAUCUCCGAACAAGCAGCGUCACCUUCUGAAAUCGUCAUGAACUCUCAGCGUGGCACUCCCGAGCCAGAUGCGCGCUCUCCACGUGCUCGUCCCCCCCGCCAGUCACAAGGAGACAGCCAGCCCCGUCCCCAUUCGCAAUUUGACCCACGUCCGAGUGUGCAAAAUGAGCGCAAUUCGGUAUCUCAAGAGGCCGACGGCGCUUCACUCGCAGGCUCACGCUCUGGUCAUCGAAACCCCCAGUUCCUGCCCGCUGAGCCGCCCCUCUCGCCCAACGACCCAGACCCAUUUUUCUCACAGCAAGCUGCGCCCCAACCGCAGCCCAAUUACGCUCAGUCCAUUUCUGGAAGUGGUCGCUUUAUCACAACCCAGUCUGUAAUGCCCAAACCUCUCCCUGGAGAACAGCCCCUACUUGAUCAUUCGCAUCUUCGCCCCGGAAAGGAGGCAAACCUUCUUUCUCAUGAACGCACACUCGAGCUCUACCGCGCCAAUGCCCGCAAAUCAAACGACCCCGACGUUCAAUUUGAAUUCGCUGUUUUUAUGAUCGAUGCGAGCAAAUCCCUGGCCCUGCCUCCUGCUACUGGCGGCAACCAACUCGAAAUCGAAAAGAUCGAAGAGAAGCGCGAAGAGCUCACCCGCGAAGGCGUGCAACUCCUCAAGCGCUUGGCAGACCGUGGCCAUGGCGAGGCACAGUAUUUCCUGGCCGAUUGUAUGGCGAAUGGAAUUGGCACUAACCGUUCCCGCCAAGAUUUUGAUCGGGCCUAUCCUAUGUUCGUGUUGGCUGCCAAACACGGCCACGCCGAUGCGGCCUACCGCGCAGGAACAUGCUGUGAGAAUGGCUGGGGCUGUCGUCGCGAGAGCGCCAAGGCAGUUCAAUUUUUCCGCAAGGCUGCAGCUGCUCUUCACCCGGGUGCGCUCUACCGUCUCGGGAUUGCCGAGCUCAAUGGUGAGCUCGGGUUGUCCAAGAGACCCAAGGAAGGUGUCAAAUGGCUCAAGCGAAGCGCCGAACAUGCCACUGCUGAGUUUCCCCAUGCGUUACAUGAAUUAGCACUUCUUCACGAGCGUGGCGUCGACAAUGUUCUAUUCGUCGACUAUGAGUAUGCUGCCGAACUCCUUGCCCAGGCUAGCGAAUUAGGCUAUGCCCCAAGUGCUUACCGUCUGGGCGAGUGUUACGAGUAUGGCAAGAUGGGAUGUCCACAAGAUGCUGCAUUAUCAAUUCAUUACUACAACAUCGCUGCACAACAAGAUCACCGCGACGCAUGCUUUGCCCUGACUGCUUGGUACCUGGUUGGAUCACCCGGCGUACUGCCUCAGUCUGAUACCGAGGCCUAUCUAUGGGCAAAGAGGGCCGCGGAGCAGGGCCUGGGCAAAGCGAUGUAUGCAGUCGGAUACUUUUCCGAGGUUGGCGUUGGUACUGUUCAAUCACUUCCUGAUGCUAUGCAUUGGUACAAACGUGCGGCCGAAGCCGGCGAUAAACGCGCCAUGCAACGCCUCAAGGCGACUUCCGGAGGUCCUUUGCCUGGGAAUGUCAUCUCUCGUGAGCAGGCUACAGCAGCCGCUGGUGGCAAAGACAAGAACUGCGUAAUUAUGUGA